AAAUUACAGCAGGUUAUAUUUAUGAAAUGAUAGCGACGCUGUAUAUGCACCACCACUAAUAUGUUGUCGAAUCUGAACGGAAACAGUUCUUGUUCCCAGAAGAAUGGUUUUGCCAACGGAAACCACGGAACAAACAAAACGUUGGACAAGAAACCAAAAGAGAAUGGAUCCGUAACUCGAGAACUACCACGGGGUGUCCGAGAAUUACAGAAAGCAUGUUUUACACCUGGAGUAAAAGGCUAUUUCGAAAAAAGGACCCGCUUGCCUGUGCUGAGAGCAACCAAUCUUUCCAUAUCGUGGAAAAAUAGAUUUCCUGGUAACAUAGCUCGGUCUUCUUCACGAGUGACGUCGCAGACGGAUGAAUCAAUGAGGAAACGUUGCAAUUCAGCAGCCACUGAUUUUAGAGACACCAACGAUACACGGGCAGUUCGGGCGUGUUGGGAUGUUAUAUUAUCUUUCAUGGGCGACGAAAACGAAAAUAUAGAAAAGGGACAGUCCACUCGACUUUUCGAGUCAACGAUUCAGGACAGACGACGUCAUUUUUCUUCAAGAAAGAAGAUUUGGCGGAAAGCAAUUUCUGAAUCAAAAAUCAACACAAAAAAGCGACCACAAUCGUUACUCAUUGAACAACGUAACGGUCAUGACGCACUGUUAACUGAUACAGAGCUCAGCAACUUAGCAGAGAACAAAUUCGCGGAGCUUACAGUUUUGGAAAAGGUUCGAUUCUUGGCAAACGUCGGGCUGCAACACCGCCUCUUACGGGAUGAGAUAUAUUGCCAGAUUCUAAAGCAACUUGUACACAACCCAUCUUUGCGAAGUAGCGCACUAGGGUGGAUUCUAUUAGCUACCAUUAUAGGAUCUUUCCCACCCUCCAAACAGAUUAUUUUCUACUUAAAAGAAUAUUUGGAAGGCCAAGGUACUGAGUCGGCUGCUUAUUGCCAAGAAAAAUUGGACCGAAUUCUCGUCAACGGAGAACGAAAAACUCCGCCUUGUUCUUUGGAAUUGCAGGCCGCCAAGUCCCGAUUGAAGAUUCGAGUUCCCGUUAUAUGCAUGGACCAUUCCGUGCGAACAAUUUACGUCGAUUCAGCCUCAACUUCUGAAGAAAUGUGUCGAACUAUGACUACUAAAAAUAGACUUGGAGAUUCGUAUGGAUUUUCCCUAUUUCUCGCCAUGGAUAGUAAGUUGGUGCCUCUGGGCAACCGUAACUUUUACAUAAUGGAUGCAAUCUCCCAAGCUGAACAUUUCAGCAAAAUAAACAGCGUUCACGAAGCGUGGAGGAUUUAUUACAGAAGAGAAUUCUUUUCUCCCCGAGACGCUGGUGGAAUCCAAGAUAACCAGAUGAGAGCCUGGCUCACUUAUUCACAGAUUUGCGGCGGCGUCCAGUCUGGUGAAUACCAGUGCGUUAACUCGCAGGACUUGGCGCUGUUAAUUGCCCAUCAGUAUUGCAUCAGACAUGGCUUUGACGACAUUGACAUGAAGCGUGUAAUGGGUGUAUGUGAGCACAGCCUUCCAGCCUCCCUGUACGGCGAUGACAAGGGGAAAAAGUGGUGCCAAAUGGUCUAUAACACACUGAAAGCACUUGCGGAGAAGUCACGCUCUGGUGCUUGUCUUGAGCCAAUAGAAAUAAUGCAACAAGUGAUCCGAUACGCCACGAUAGCUUUUGUCGCAAAUUUUACCAAAUCGUUCAGGUUAUCCACUUUUAAAAGUAUAACCGAAGGUGGCAGACCGCUAACAAACCUCACACUUCAGUUGAACCACGAAAACUUGGAGUUUCGGCCCGGGUGCGCCAACUCGCGGACAAAUAAUAAUUUGACAGGCGAUGCCAAACAGGAGCUAAUUACGAAAAUCGGAGUCGAAAAAGUUCGCAGUGCAGUUGCUUCUGAUGUGAGUAAACUUGGAGACCCGCAGUUCACACUAACGUUAUACGACAACACCAAAUACCUUAUUUCAUCCCCACAAACACAUGAGAUCGUUUUCACUCUAAAGCAGUUUAUAACCGAAAUUCGGAGAGGCGAACACAACGAAUCGGAAGCUUAAAUUUCAACAACUUUACUUAUUCUUAUUUUUUGUCAACAGUAUUUAACUAUAUGCCGUCAACUGUAUAGCGAUGUUAAAGUAAAACAAUUAUUUCGUUGUUCAGAUACACAAACCUCAGUGUAGUUACCUAAGUGUUCAUUUCAAUAUACUGCUGAUUCGCUUUAAUCGUUUGCUGCCAUACAUAUAGCUUGCGCAGGCUUUCUAAUUGCCCUAUCAAUUAUACUUCCCACUGUAUAAAUUCAGAAUUGCAGUAUUUGGCUGUAAAAAAGAGGUUCAUAUUUUGGAAUGCUGGAACCAUAGCGAGGUCUCAAUGAAUAAUGCCCGAAAUACAUAAUUUUCAGCCUAAAUUUAUGCUGCUUUCUCUUGCCAUUACUUUUUCUUAUGCUUAGGCCUACUUUAUUUCUGAUUCGAAAUGUUGGUUCUUAGCUGUUGUUGGUCUUAGAUAAAGAUGUCGUUUCUACGUUUA